UUUUACAUUGUUUCCACAACAUAUCUUGUAGCUUACCGUUAAUUAGAACUACCCGGUAUGUGAUGGCUCGUUUAGACACACUGGGAUGUAUGUAAACAAGAUGUCUACCAGUCGACCGUGGACUAUCUUAUUGCUGUGCCUGGUAGGAAUCGGGGAACUGGCAGCAAUAUCGAGGCAAUCUGACAUCAAACUCGAAAACAAUGGAUAUAGCGACAUUUUACUAGCAUUUGACGAAACCAUACCACACAGCCAAUCGUUUAUUAACAAAACCAAGGACUAUUUUACAAGGGCUUCGAAGGUACUGUACAUCGCCACCCGCCAGAGGGCGUACUUUAAGGACAUAAAGAUCCUGGUCCCUCCCACAUGGCCAGACGAUCCUAGCUAUCAGAUCGCUGCUGUGGACCAGACCUUGUACAAGUCUGACAUCAUCAUUACAAGCUCCAACAUAAACAAACGGAGCGUCCCACAGACCCGGACGUAUGGCGGAUGUGGAAAUCCUGGCAUACAUAUCCAGUUUACUACCGACUUCCUGUUCAAAGACAGGUAUCCUCCAUACUACUCUCAUUCAGACAAGUUUAUCGUGCACCAGUGGGCCACGUUUCGGUGGGGCGUGUUUCAGGAGUACCCCAGUGCCGGUGAGCAGACUUUCUACUUCUCAACAGUGUAUGCCAGAAUCAGCGCCGUCAAGUGCAGUAUCCUCCUUAAGGGACGUACCUAUGCGCGUGACGCAAAUAACAAGUUAAUACAGUGUCAGACGGACCCCAGUACUGGACUGUACACGAGCGAGUGUCAAUACUACGUCUACCCACGAUACCCUAUCGGCCUUAAGACCCACGUGUCACUGAUGGACCACCAUUAUAUCCAGGAGGUAACAGGCUUCUGUGAUGACGACGCCGACUACGCUACCAAACACAACGCCGAACCCCUUAACCGUCAAAACCGCUUGUGUAGUCACCGCAGUACAUGGGACGUCAUAUCCAACACACCAGACUUCGUGGGGGGUCGCAAUCCACCCACCAACUACACGGAUGCACAGCUUGUACCCAAGUUUACGUUCAUCAAAGCAGCCCGGAAACGGAGGUCCGUUAUAUUGAUGGACAUGGGACAGUCUGCACAGGAUGACGCCAGUUUUCUGAAACUGUCCCAGGCAGUAGCUCACUACGUGGGGGCGAAUGAGGUUCGGGGGGAACACCAGAUUCUUGUUCCCGAGAUCCUGGAGAAACCAUUCCGCCCCAAACGAGUGGUCAGGUCGGCACAUGAGAACGGGGACAGUCUCCACGCCAUUGAAGAUAUGAAGUAUGAACUUUCAAAUAUAAAGGAAGAUGACGUCAAACAGCUGUUCUCAUCGGAGGUAUCUCCCUCCCAGAAACAAGUCAUUGUCUUCAGCACUAACCAGACAAAUCUACCGAACACAACGGCAUUCAAAUCAGCUGGUGUCACUCUCCACUGGAUAUCGCUUCACCCUCAUCCGGGUACUAACAAAGGCGUAUGGACACCUGUUUAUUACAGCCAUGGACACCCCGAGUCGAUGGCGCACCUGGACGCUGUCUAUGACGUCAUACAGAGGACGGAUGGUACUAGCGCCUAUACGGUGAAGCUGUUCAGUGCUACAAAGAUCCUAGAACCAGGACAGGAGUAUCGGGAUACGUUCACCAUUGACAACAGUCUCCAUGGCAAUCUGUCUCUCCUUGUUACUUAUACUGGAAUGCUGCCACUUUUGGAAGUCAUGUCACCUAGUCGGAAACUGUACAGCGAUAUUUCAUCAGAAACAGAAAUAAACCAUGAACUUAAAAUGGUUAAAGUGUCAUUAAAAUAUGAUGAGGCCGAGGUAGGGAGAUGGGAGUUCCGAAUGAAGAGCAGACGCAGCACGUCGACGAUUUCUCUGGUCGUAUUAUCCAACUCUACCCCAAGGGACGGCAUCGUGCCCAUUACAUUGAAGGCUCGGCUGAUGCUUAACAAUGACUCUGUACCACCGAAAAUGGCGGCAUAUGCUGACGUCACGCAAGGACAACAUCCAGUCACGGGGCUAAAAGUCAUCGCCACAGUUUUCCGACCGGGUGUUGAAGAUGGAGAACAUACGUCACCUUACAAAAUGAUGUUGCUUGACAAAGGGGCUGGCGCUGAUAUCAAUAAAGAUGACGGAAUAUACUCUCGCUACUUCCCGUAUCUGACCGGACGUGGUGACUACCUGUUAACUGUGGACAUCUUCAACAGUCACGGCUCUGUGAUCAGUCACUGGACAGAAGAGAAGCUAGACAGACAGGGCACAUUCAGCAUCAGUCGGUCAGCCCACGGCGGCUCCGUGUACCUCCACACUGACCACUCAGACAAUUCAGCAUGGCGGACAUCCGAUAUUCCUGACAGAAAUGACGUAUAUCCUCCGUCACGAAUAAUAGAUCUGCACGUGGUCCGGAAGUCAGACAUAAACAUGACAGUGACGUUGUCAUGGACAGCUCCAGGGGACGACCUUGACCAUGGGACAGCUGCCAUGUAUGAUAUAAAGUACGGACAAAAUGGGCUGGAUCUUCUGAAGUUAAAGGAUGAUUCACCAAGUGUCCCGGAAGUUGCCAUUGUAACCGGAAGUAUAAAGAACCCAUUACCUGACGGAACCACCCAAUAUUUGACUAUUAACGUCACGGGCCUGUUUUUGAUUAAAAGAAAGGGAUUUGCUUUUCUUAUUCGGGGUAUAGACGAUUUUGGAAACAAAGGUGAAUUCUCCAAUAUGGUCACUGUAGGAUUUAGUUCGAUACCGGAAACACAAAGAACUAAGCAUGUGACCGGAAGUAAUAGAGAGGCGGACGUAUCGGACACCGCGGAAUACAUGGCGGUCCCCAAGGUGGACAUUCUGCAGUCUAAGGCUGGACUUUGGCCCCUACUUUUUCUAAACGUCAUCCUUCUCACCUGCUUCCUUCUGAUUGGUAUAGUGUUUAUGUCGAUGUAUCACAGAGACCGCUACCUCCAACCGGACAGUUCUUCUGUCCUAGGGAUCGCGUGAGGUUCAUGUUGUUACCAGUCGUCUUUGACCUGUGACUAACGCACCAUUAUCACAAGAUACUUUUAUAAACAAAUGACAGAAACAGACAUCUGUUAGAGAGAAUCAGGUGUUAUUAUCAUAGUUGUCAUGCUCAUUGCAGUGAAGACUUCAACAUUAAACCAUGGCCUUGAU